AACAACAAGAAAACGAAGCUUCGACGGCGCUGCUGCUACGCCACCCUCACUUUUCUUUUUCUUUUCUUUUAUUUUUCUCCGCAACUCGACUUCCCCCUCGGGUCUCCACUCCAUGCCGGCGUUGAGCUCAUCACAAUUACUCGCACAAUUUCUCCCCAGAACCCUAAUAAAAUCCCCCAAACGCCUCGCUCUCGAUUCCUCCGUCGAAUCCAUCUCCUCAAUAAUCCACGAAGCCCUCCUUUCUCUCCGUCCCUCUUCCCCCUCUCCUUCCAUCAAUCUAGGGUCAAGGUUUGGUUCCGAUCCUUCUGGACCAUCUCCGUUGGUGGCGAAGCAUGGGUUCUGGGUGGUGGAUUGAUGUCAAUCUCCCUCCGGAGGAGAAUUCAACCCAAGAAAAUUCAGGCAUCGAUGUCAAUCUCCCUCCGGGGGUGAAUUCAUCUCGAGAAAUGGAAAGAAUCGAUGUUCAUCCAGCUCCAACGGUGACUUUGCCCCAAGAAAUGGGAGGAAUCGAUGUGGAUCACGCUGCAGCGGUAAAUCCGCCCGAGGUGGAAGGAAUCGAUGUUGAUAAUUUUUUCCAUAGAAACCCCUUUCCGGAGAUGAAUUUUUGGGAAGACAUGGGAGGCUUUGAUGACUAUUUUCCUCAAGCGGUGAAUUUUCCCCUGGAGAUGGAAAGGUUCGAUAUAAAUCUUCCUAUAAUGGUGAAUUCAUCUCCAGAGCCGGCGGGAGGAGAAGCAUCCGGCGAUCCUCUUGGUCUCUCCUUGUCAUUCAAUUCCUGCCCUGGAGCUGGAACCGAAGAUGCCCCGAGAAGAAUUGAAGUAAUUGAUGUGGAAUCCAGUGGAGAUGAGCAUGAUCGGAUUCCAAUGGAUGUCGACAUCGAUAUCUUUAAUGGAUUUAUCGAUCUAACGGCGGACAUAGGGAAUGCAAUGGCGGUAUGUGGUAUGGAGAACGGUGAGAAGGAAGGGAUUAUGGAAGACGAUUGGCUGUCUUUCGAUAUUGAUCAGUUUGCUGAGAAACCGAGCAAUGUCGAUGAAAGUAGAAAAACAUUGUAUCCAUUGCAGAGUAGAACUGAAGGGCACUGGCCCUCAAAUGCUUGGAUGGAUUGGCUUCAGCAUCGAAGAGACCGGGACAGGAGUAUAGCAGUUGAUCUAGCUCCCAAAUAUGCUGUUUAUAGAGAUGAAUCUGGGGAUAAAGAAGAUGAGCCUGGAGCUUUAUCAUCGGAUGUUGAGCAGGAAGGGCAAGACUUGCCAGGGCCAUUCUCUGAUGCCAUGAAAAUUGUCGAGCAGCGAGUGUUAUCCAGAAAGACUCAGUCUGGAGAAGCAAACAUUCUGUGGAAACCUUCAAAUGAUCGAAAUCGCAAGCAGUUGGCUCCAUCCCUGAAAGAUCUUAGCUUGAAGGUUCUUUCCAAAUACAGUGAAGAAAUCCCAUCUCUUGAAGGAAUUUAUGAUCCAUUGAAGCACUCGAUUGUCUCGGUGCUGUGUAGAUAUGGGACGAUGAAUACUCAUGUUCUUGGUCUCUACCUGGAUGAGUCUUCCACAGAAAUACACUUAAGCAAUUGUUGUUGGGCAACGGAGGAGCAGCUUGAGAAGGCCCUUGCUGCAUGUAAAAUGGAUCAGCUGACGGUGGUGCAACUUGACAUCUGUGGGCGAUGUAUGACCGAUCAUGUAUUGCAAGCCAUGUUGGUAAAGGCACCAAAUGGUUUGCCAUCAUUGACUAGGAUAUCUCUGAAGGGUGCAUGUCGUCUUUCAGAUGAUGGAUUGAAGGCGCUUGUUUCUUCGGCACCUUUGUUAAGUUCCAUCAAUUUGGGACAAUGUACCCUUAUCACUACAGCUGGAGUCAUCAGUCUAGCUGAUAAGUUGAAAUCAGUAUUGCAAGAACUGUACAUUGAUGAUUGUCACAGUAUAGAUGUUAUGCUGAUUCUUCCUGCACUGAAGAAGUUAGAGAAUCUAGAAAUUUUGUCAGUAGCAGGAAUACCAACUGUUUGUGAUGGUUUUGUCCGCAAACUCAUGCCUGUUUGUGGUCGGAACGUGAAGGAGCUCGUCUUUGCUGAUUGUCGAGAAUUGACUAAUGCUGCCAUGAAAGCUAUUGGGGCAUAUUGUCAUCAGUUGUGCGCUCUGGAUCUCCGGAAGCUGCAUCGUUUGAAUGAUACUACAAUGAAAUACCUAGCUGAUGGUUGUAGAUCUAUUACAAAACUCAAGCUUUGUGGCAAUACAUUCAGUGAUGAAGCAAUUGCUGCAUUCUUGGAAGCAUCUGGACAGUCACUGACUGACCUUUCCCUCAACAGUAUUAAAAAGGUUUCACAACAAACAGCCAUAUCUAUUUCUCUGCACUGUUGUUUGAAGUUGCGCAGUCUGGAUCUAUCCUUUUGCCGGAACAUAACAGAUGAAACACUUGGUUUGAUCAUUGACAGCUGCGUCAAUCUGAGGAUCCUCAAAAUAUUUGGAUGCAGACAGGAGCCACAUUAGGGAAUAGGGAUUCUGUUCGCAUCUGGUUAUGUUCAUUCUAGAGUUCCUCAUCGAUGAGUAUUAUUUGUAAGGCUCCCGAUAACUACACACACACACACACACACACAUAUAU